UUGCAUCCUUCUACAUACCAGGCGGAGGAGAAGGUGGUGGUGGCUGCCAAACAGGUGAACUUAGUGAUUGUUGGCGUCUCUGCGGUAGUCCUCCUUCCCAACACCGAAACGGCUGAUGUAGCCGUCACCGGCAUGCGUGUGCGUUCCUUCUCGCACUGGGCGCCCGCUGUGAUUGGACCGUACAGUCAAGCGGUUCGCGUCAGAGUCAUCCACACGGAGGAGGAUGAUGACUGUUCCGACUAUCCAUGCACCCUCUGUAGUGCUUUCUACGCUGGUCAAAUCGGCCUUAUUCCGGAGACUGGGAGGCUACCGCAGAUGUGUGAUGUUAACCUGCAAACGGACGAUGAUGGUCAGGCAGCCUAUGCACAUCAGGGCUGGCUUUCUCUGCGCCAUGUCCAUCGUGUCCUUGAGGUAAGCGCUUACUGUUCUGUUCAGUCUUGGAACCAUGUUGUCUCACCCCUCCCCCUCACCUCAAUGUGUGCUAUCGUACCAUCAACUCAUUAG